UCCACUCUCGUUGAUAUAGUAAAUCACAGACAAAACACUAAAAAAUUUAAUUAAAUUCAUUAAAAGUUCUUUGUUUUGAUCAAAAUUUGUUGUUAUGGCUACACAACAGCAAUAAAUUGAAAUUUAAGCCAAAUUAAGGUAUCACUGCCGCCAGUAAAUGGCAAAUAGAGUGCGGUGACAAAAGUGCAAUCGAUUGUUGACCGAAUUAAAAAUAAAGCAAACAAUUGGUAAAAUAUAGUUAUACCCGGAAGAUAAAGCCAUGAUAUAUAGGAACAAUAAACUAAGAAGGACUAGAAUUUAAUUUCGGCUAAGCAGUAAGACCAAUGUGUUGUGGGUGUGGUCUAUAGCACACAUGUGUAGGCAUCGAUGAAUUACUGCUGUAACAUAUAAAGAAGGAAUCCACCAAAGACAUGCGGCUGGAAACUCAACUGACCAACUCUGAGAAACAGAAAAGCAAUAAUUAGCAACUAGUAAUUAGGUGACCCACGUGAACUUACGUUAGACAAUGUUUUUCACCAUGUUUUCCGAGGGGUACGACACUGAUGAACUGGACACCAUCGCAGAUGUGAUGGGCCUACGGUCACAGGCUCGUCUGAAUACCUUUCGCGAAAUGUGGUACCAUGUCUUUCUGUGGGCUCUGUUCUCCUCCAUUUUUAUUCACACCUGCGCCGCCGUUGUGGCCUUUGUAACGCUCCGGAAACAUAAAUUCGGGCGAUUCUUCUCGAUUCUGAUUUUGGUCAUGGGAUUUUUGUCGCCAGCUUCGAGUGGAAUCAUUAGCAGUGCUGUCAUCGCAUUCGUGCAUCGCGCCUCUAGUCUGCCCAUGUCGCCCAUAUACGCUAUGAUCUGGGGCCUCGGACAAACCAUAGUCUCCGCCUGCCUGGGAUUCACACGUAUUUUGGCCACGCUGUAAAGCCUGGACUGAAGUUUUUCAUCGGCCAAGGUCACUUCUGCACGCUCACCAUCAUCUCCCAAUCCAAUGUUCACAGAGCUCUGGCUUUCGACCAGACAUAUUAUCAAUUCUUCAGGUGUGCAAGAAACAAUUAAUUGAAUUCAUAGUUAUGUGUAUAGGAACAUUGUGAUUUUUAAAUUAUACCUUAUAUGAUGGAAAGAAUAAUGUAAAAUAUUUAGCUCUAACUUUAAGGUUUAACUCUAAUUGUACAAAAUUUAGGAAGCUAAUAUAUGAGCUGAUUCUUAAGCUAACAAAUUAUUUAUUUUAAGGAA